AUGAGUUCACUAAGCUGCUCUCCUCCUGAUAAAGAAGAGGAGGUCUGCUGGACGGAGAAAGAUGCUCUCGUGAAAGAGGAGGGGGAAGAGGAGGCUGUUACAAUACCAAAACAAGUAGAGGGUGAAACUGUUACCAUGAAAGAAGAAGAGAAAGAUGUUUCAGUGAAAGAAGAGGAAGACGCGUUCAGGGUGAAAGAGGAGGAGGAUGUUACAGUAAAAGAAGAGGAAGAGAAAGAGGAGGCUGCAGUUUUUGGAGUGAAGGAAGGAGAGAUAACUGUCACACUGAAAAAGGAGGAAGAAGAGGAGGUAACUGGAUAUCUGGGCCCGGUUUCCCAAACGCAUCUUAAGGUGUCCGAUGGUUCUAAUGAUGAACUUUGCCGCAAAAUGGUUUUGAGAAACCGUUCCUCGAUUUACACUAGAGAGAUACGGGACGAUCGUGGAUCCUCUGGGGAGCCUCAACAACAUCAUGAAGGGGACGAGGCAGAGGAGAGUCUCUCCAGAUCAGAACACCUCAAGAAACACCAGCGGAAACACACAGGGAAGAAACUUCACCGUUGCUCUGACUGUGGGAAGACCUUUUCAAGAUUAUAUACAUUACAAUCACACCAGAGAAUUCACACUGGAGAGAAACCUUUCAGCUGCGAUCAAUGUGGGAAGAGUUUUGUUACAUCUGGCUGUCUGACUAUACACCAGAGAACACACACAGGAGAGAAACCUUAUAGCUGUGAUCAAUGUAAAAAUAGUUUUGUUACUUCGAGCUCUCUGACUAUACACCAGAGAACACACACAGGAGAGAAACCUUAUUGCUGUAAUCAAUGUGGGAAAAGUGUUGUUUCAUCUAGCCGUCUGACAAUACACCAGAGAACACACACAGGAGAGAAACCUUAUAGCUGUGAUCAAUGUAAAAACAGUUUUGUUACUUCGAGCUCUCUGACUAUACACCAGAGAACACACACAGGAGAGAAACCUUAUUGCUGUAAUCAAUGUGGGAAAAGUUUUGUUUCAUCUAGCCGUCUGACAAUACACCAGAGAAUACACACAGGAGAGAAAGCUUACCACUGCUCUGACUGUGGAAAGAGUUUUUCUAUCUCAGGAAAUUUUAAAUCACACCAGAGAACACACACAGGAGAGAAACCUUAUAGCUGUAAUCAAUGUGGGAAGAGUUUUGCUCAAUCAAGCAACCUGAUAGCACACCUGAGAAUACACACUGGAGAGAAACCUCACUGCUGCUCUGAGUGUGGGAAGACCUUCUCAAAAUUAUAUACAUUACAAUCACACCAGAGAAUUCACACUGGAGAGAAACCUUAUAGCUGCUCUGAAUGUGGAAAGAUCUUUUCAAAAUUAUAUACAUUACUAUCACACCAGAGAACACACACUGGAGAGAAACCUUAUAGCUGCUCUGAAUGUGGAAAGAUCUUUUCAAAAUGAUAUACACUACUAUCACACCAGAGAACACACACUGGAGAGAGGCCUCAUAGCUGUAAGCAAUGUGGGAAGAGUUUUAUUCACUCAAGCUGCCUGAUGGUACAUCUGAAAAAACACACAGGAGAAAAAUCCUUUAGCUGUGAUCAAUGUGGGAAGAGAUACUCUGGUAAAAGAGCUCUGAUUAAACAUCAGAAAAUACAUGCUUGAAGAAGUUGUUUCAUGAUAUCAAUUAAAUAAUGUCACAAUGUAUAAUGUUUUAACAUUGUAGUAGGAGUAUUCUAAUGAUGUCACAAUGUAGAAUGUUUUUAACAUUGUAGUAGGAGUAUUCUAAUGAUGUCACUAUGUAGAAUGUUUUUAACAUAGUAGAAGGUGUAUUUUAAUUAAUAAUGUGACAAUGUAGAACCCUAAUAUUUUGCCCCUGUUCUAUUGAUUUCAGUGUGAUAUGGAUAUUAGCCUCAUCAGGGGACAAAUCCAGGCUCUGAAAUGAAAGUACUAUUUGUGAUUAACACUUACUGCAUUGGCGACCCACUUGAAUCAAAUUGCAACACUUCAAAUUGUAGCUAGCUGUCUUCUACAAAUUGACCUCUAACCAGGGAUGUACACAUUAUUCCCAGAUUCCGUGUGUUUUUUGAGCUGUUAGUUUUAUCAGGUCGUGCAACCUCAUCUCCCCCUCUUGUGCAAUUGAUUUCAACGUGAUAUUGAUGUGAGUGAUGCUAAAUAUGUGUACUGUUUCUCUUCGUUUUGGGGACCCUGAAAUUUCAAUGCGUCACUCCAAAAUGUAGCUGACUGUCUUCUGCAGGUUGUCCUCUAACCAGGGAGGUAAAAUAUGUAUGAUAUAUAUAUAUAUAUAAUAUGUAUAAUAUAGCCUGUGAGAUAAAAUAUAUCUCUAUUUCCAUGUUUUUUGUUUGUUAUUUUUGUUAGUUUCAACAGAACCUACAACCUGAUUUCCCCACUAAUAGAUACCAGUUGUCAAAACAAGUGUUUUAGAUGCUUGUUUUUUAUUUUAUUUAUUUAACCUUUAUUUAACAGGUCAGUUAAGAACAAAUGUUUAUUUUCAAUGACUGCCUUGGAACAGUGGGUUAACUGUGGGUUAAUAAUUAUAACUGAUUUUUACUUGGGAUUCAAUCUUGCAACCUUUCGGUUACUAGUCCAACCCCGAACUGCUUGUGCAGUUUAUAAGGUGCUCCUUAAAAAAUAAAUACAAUUAAUAUGAUUAUUGUUUCAGAUGUUUGUGUAGAUAGUAUAUUUUAUGUUUAGGUUUUUAAUAUCACAAACUGUUUAUGCGUAUUGGUUAUUGAUUUGGACCCAUUAAAACUGUUUUGACAUUGGG